AAUUCAUCGACAGAAAUGCAUAGCUUACAAAAGAGACGCAGCGCUUCGAGCCCAAUGAACUCACAGUUUCGACGACUGGCAAAGUUUUGCCUGACUACUAAUAUCCAAUAGCAUUUCGCUUUGGCAUAAUUUAUGGGCAAACUCAACCUGACAGCGGACAAGCUAGGUCGACGAGGGAGCCUACACUGCUUUACUUGGACAGUUCGUUCACGAGAUAUUCUCCAUUUCUAUCAAGAAUAGAGGAUAAGAGUAUCCGACAAAGAUCUGAUCCCAGUAACUUAUUCCCAACACCUGGCACACCAUGGAGCGCUGAAAAUUUAAGCUACAUGCCUUCCAUAAACAGUGGGAUCAGAUGACAUAACUGCUUACUCCGCCAGUAUUGCAGGUUGGUCAUGUCCUACAGAAAUACACAGUCAACGAACGACAGCAGUAAUAGUGGUGUCUCUAUAUACUGCAGCAAUCUGGUGUGGGAAUCUAAUGUCCCACACCAAACGACUGGCAAUACUGUCAGAGAAUUCAGAGUAUUACCCGGAACCUCAAGCGACGAUCCUUCAGAUGAAAUCGCCUUGGCGAUUCCUGGCGGAGCUCUACGAUCCACAGUCACACCCAACUACACGUCACCUUUUGGAGCUGGAGGGCGUGUCUGCACAUGUGAAUCACAUACAAACCCGGUGAUUUGGGUGCGGGCACUUUCAGCUGUCUUCAUAUAUACUUUGCAUAGAUGCGUACCCGUAGCGCUUGAUCCGGAUUACUUCCCCAUCACUGCAUUCGUGGUAAACUUGAGAUAUAAACUGCUUAAGAUUCCAAUGUAUAUUCCCGUACCUUUUACAGUAUUUUUUGGUACUCGAGCAUGAUUCUAUCUUCGUUAGCAGUAGCUCUGUCUGAAC